AUGAACUACAUCAAGGGGUACCGGUAUCAGCUGUGGUGCGAGGCAAAGGCGCUGGGGACGACCUGCUGCGUUGUCCACGUCGGCACGCCCGUCGACCAGUGCGUCGCAAACAACGAAGCCCGGCUGCAUCGCCAGAAGGCCGCAACCGACACGAACAACGCCGAUACCACUACUACCUCUCAGGGUCCGUCAGCCACCACCAAAGACGAAGACGAAGAUCCCUACCCCCCAGACCUCCUUAACAACCUCAUCUUCCGCUACGAGGAACCCAGCACCGCCAGCCGCUGGGACAAGCCGCUCUUCACCGUGCCCUGGAGCGACGCCGCGCCGCCCGUCGCCGACAUCUGGACCGCACUCACCGGCAUCGCUGCGACCCCCGACGAACCCGCCCCCUCGCCCUCCCCCGCAAUCGCCCCCCUAACCUCAACCCUCGCCUCGACGCACCUCUCCGACGCCGCCAGCAUCGCCACGGGCACGACGACCACGCGCCGCGCGGGCGGCAGCCUCCGCCCCAAGAUCAAGCCGCACCAGGCGACCGUGCUGCCGCCGGCGACGGACUCGUCCGCCCUGUACAGCCUGGAGAAACGCACGUCGGCCAUCGUCGCCGCCCUGCGCAGCUUCGCGCUCGCCCACCCCUCCGCCGAGGCCGCCCUCGCCCAGAGCCCCUCCGCCGCCGGCAUCGCCAUCGCCGUGCCUGAGGCAGAGGCCCUCGUCUUCAUCCCCGCGCAUGUCGCCACUGCCGGCUCGACCGAUGAGCUGGCCGGCGCUGGCGGCAUCCUGGCGCUGCCGCGGUUGCAGCGGCUGCGGCGCCAGUGGAUCUCGCUGAAUCGGUCGUAUGUUGGUGCGAACCAUUCGUCGAAUCGUGGGAGUCUGGCGCCGGAGCAGGUGCCGGAUGCUUUUGUGAGGUUUUUGAAUGCGGAUUUUGCGGGGGGAAGUAGGUAG